AGAUGUUGCAGUCGUUUGUACGAGACUUUGAGGCAAGGUUGGAGAUGCUGGAAACACGUGUGGCUUCGAACCAUUCCCUUCAAUCCAUGAACGAGGACUUGAUGCGGCUCAAGUUAUCUGACAAAGACACCCACGUCCACGAAAACGACCAGCGGCACCACGAAGUUGCAGCGCAAAUCUCCGCCGCGGACCUUCGAGUAGCAUCUUUAGGUCGAGCUCAGGACGUGGUAGCCGACCAACUCCGGCAAGCACAGGCCAAGUGGAAUGCCCAGCACAACGACCACGACCAUCGCAUAGCGCAAACGUUUGAGUUGGCCCACACGUUGAGCGCCGGCCAAACCCUGCUCGAGGAAAAGCAUGUGCUGGAGACGCAGAUCGUCACAUCGCAGUUCCACAAAGUGUUUCAGCGACUCCAAGACACACUGGACAAGCAAACCAUGGGCGACCAAGCGCUCGAGCGUUGCGUAGCCAAUGUGCACUCUGAAGUCACAACGUUGCAGGCGUUACACGACCUCCAUGCAACGGAAAUGAAAGAGCACGUGCGUGCGCUGCGAGGCCAGUGCAUUCAAAACACCACGGCGCUGCGUCUGUUGGCAGACGAAGUGCUCAAGCUGAAACAACGGGCUAAGACGCAGGAUUUUGGACGCCAGCAGCAGCACGACCACCUCCCGCCCCGUCAUCAUCCUGAGCGAGACAGCGACAAGGCCUUGAUGGCCGAGCUCGACCACGCCCUACGCCACACGUCAUAUACUACAUGAUGAUCUCAACCCCAUAUCGUGGUUUCAUCUUUCGAUUAACUUAGUGCUAUACAAACCUGCUACUACUAAGACUACAUACUACACUAUCAAGAGACCCAGGCAGGAUUAUGAGAGGACCACCGCCGACACGCCGCCAGUAGUUCGAACCAGAGUGCCCACUUGACUUUUAAACCAGCACGUGCCCCCCCCUCGCGUAUUUCGCCGUUGGUCCAAGUUUUCAGUCCAUGUGAAUGCAUUGCAGUUGCGUUGUUUCUUGCACAGUUCACAGCAUAGCUUGGGAGAUGCGGCCGAUACAGAUCCGCUAUCGUAGCCAACGAGUUCAACGUGUGGCUGCGGCAGCGAGCACUGGCUUUGGCUCGAGGUGGCGUGAAAGAAGCAGCGCGGAAGGUUGUGUUUCCACUUUGUUUUCAGAUCUGCGACGAUGUUGUGGAUGCCAUGCGCGACGUUCUCGCAGCCUCCACAAUGGUGCAGUGCAAUGACUUUGUGGUCGCUUCGUCCAAACACGGGCGACCCCGACGACCCGCCCCGGGUGUCGGCCAUGUACCCAAUUUGAUCUUGCCCACAUUCAUUUUGCACGUUGAUGCUGGUCACCACCGUCUCAGUGCCGUUUUCCAAUCGGUCCGUGAACGCUUUGGGAAACCCGUCGGGGUGGUGCACGACGUAGAUGGGCUCGUGCAGCUUUGGGGGGGACUUGCGCAAGCUCACGUACCCAAACAACGAGAUUAGGUCCUGGUUAGCUCGACUCAACUGCAGCAGCGAGUAGUCGAGGGUUUUGUCGGUGGCAACGAGCGUCGCGCCUGUGACGACGACACUGCCCGGGCAGCCCAACGCCACUGCGUUGCACGGAUCGCGGCACGUGGCACUCUCAGCGCCAAACUCGAGCUUGAGCGUCGCCGCUGUCGUGUGGGAGUUGACGUUGUGGUUGUUAGUGAGGAAGUACCCAUCGCAGCCCAAGAGGAACCCUGUGCCGUACUUGAUGCCGUCCAUGGUGAGCCGAGCGAUGGACUUGGAGUUCUUGUACGCGGCGGGGAACUUGGUGGCGUUGCACACGUUGGGCCACCACUGCGGCUGGAUGCCGCAGACGUCCUCCCGACCCGUGGACGUCGGAAAGCCUUCCAAGAUGCCGGACACGACAAUGCCUGCGUAGGUCCGUGGCCGUGCAUUUUUGGCGCGUGGGUGGGAUGGGGUGUACUGGAUGACCACCGACUUGCCAUGGACGUGGUCCGAGAACCGAGUCGACGGGCCGUGUCCUGUGUACGUGAAGCUGUUGCUGUCGGAAGAAAUCUCAAGUGUGUCGCCAGGUGGUAGGUCGAACGUGGAGAAUUGCACGCCCAUGAAUUGCGUCUGAGAGUUCUUCGACUCGAUGCGGUGAUGCACGCGCGUUUUUCCUAUUGGAAUCGAGAGCGUGAGGUUCAUAAGCUCCCCGAUGGUGCCGACGAACGGUCUCUUCACUUGAAGUUUCGUGUCUUCCAGCGAUGUCCCCGUUGCGACCAUCGCCAGCACGCAUACCGCCGCGCGACCGACCCACGUUUUUG